GUGUCCUUACGGCUUAUGUUAGAGAGCAUAUAAGAUAACGUACGCUGUGCAUUUGAUCAUUUUGAUGCAGAUAAUUCGACUGUUGGACGAUUCCGACCCGUGUAACCUCUGAACAAUGUAAGCGGGUAAGCCCUAAAGUCCUCCGAGAACUGGAAGACAAACAUCAUGGUUUAUUUGACUGGUCCUCUGAAAUUGAGAAGUGACAGCAUGGAGUAGCGCACUGUCCCCUUUUGAUCUACGCUGCAGUGGCAUCUGCUGUAGCAUUGUGGAACUGCAUGUGGUCCCUCCAUAGGCCAGCUCGACUUCAAGCCAUUUCAUCCAUCGAGUGCCAUGGUUUAUGACUCAGCCAUAAACAUCUAUGCUUUUUCUUUUGCAUCCUUCAGGCUAUUGCGGUCCUGAAACCGAUACCUUAGCUUCAAACGUUAAAAUUUAUUUUUUUAACACGAAACUGUUUAAUUGAAGCAUGGAUGCAUUUCGAGAUUUAUUUCUUAAAUUAGACAAAAAUGAGGAUGGCUUUAUAUCGGUAGCAGAACUUCAUAAUGAGAUGAAGAAAACGGGAAUUCUUUCAGUAGAUGAAAAAGCUCGGAGUGUUAUUAGAAAAUUUGACCAAGAUGAUGAUGGACGUCUAUCAUAUGAAGAGUUUCUUAGCUACAUGAUGAACAGUGAGAAGAAAUGGAAAAUCCACUUUCAGGAUCUUGACAGAAACAAGUGUGGUGUGAUUGGCGAGGAGGAAAUCAUACAUUUGUUUAAGGAGUUAGGUGUGGUCAUAUCAAAGCCGAAUGCAAAAAGAAUAAUCCAAAUGAUGGACAAGGACAACUCUAUGACAGUGGACUGGGGAGAAUUCCUUCACCAUGUCAUACUCAACCCAGCUGAGAACCUUGGGGACCUGGUGUCAUCAUGGAAGCACAGCCUAGUGUUUGAUGUGGGGGAGAGCCGUGCAAUGCCUUUGGAGUUUCCUGAGGAAGGGCCUGACUCAGGGAUGUGGAGGAGGUUUGUCCUGGCUGCAGGACUGGCUGACGCCGUGUCAAGAACUGUGACAGCCCCCAUCGACCGCUUGAAGACCCAGCUUCAGGUGUACGGAUCCAAGGCAUUCUCUGAAGGGUUUCGAGGACUAAAGGAGGGCGGUGUGAGGGCUAUGUGGCAAGGAAAUGCUGUUAAUGUGCUCAAAGGAACUCCUCAAUCAACCCUGCAGUGCCUCAUCUAUGCCCAGAUGAAAGUAUCCACCCUGUCUCUGGGUGGGCAGGACAGCCUCUCUGUGCAGCAGCGUUUUGGACUGGGGUGUUUCUCUGGUGCUGUGGCUCACGCUGUCUUCUACCCUCUAGAGGUCCUGAAGGUCCAUCUUAACCUGCAACAAGCUGGCACGUACAGUGGAGUUUUAGGGGGUGCACGAUUGGUUUUCAGAAAUGAGUCUGUGGCCUCCUUCUACAGGGGCUUUAAGCCAAGCAUCCUCUGUAUGAUUCCAUAUGCUGGUGUAGAAUGUGCAGUUCAUCAGUCAAUCAUAAGCUGGGCCAAGAGUGACCCAGUUUAUAGCAGUGACUACAAGCUCUUCUUCUUCAGUUUUUUGGCCUUCGCGUGUGGACAAGUGACCAGUUAUCCACUUGCAGUGAUCAGGACACAGCGACAAGCUCAGGCUUUCAGUUUACAUUCGCCUACCUCCUCUAGUGUUCUUCAAGGACUUAUCGGAAUCUAUGAAAGGCAAGGGAUUCGUGGAUAUUACAAUGGAAUGGGGGCCAGUUUUGUAAGGGCAGUUCCAUGUGCUCUGUUGAACUACACCUUAACCACAAAGCUUGAAAUGCUGCUGUCCUCAUUUUAGGCAUUGUCAUUUUUUUUCCACAUUCAUUUUUUCAUUGUGUGGUUAACAAAUUAUAAAAGCCCUCUGUUAAUAGGUUUUUCUAAGCAAAGGCAACCAAUGCAUCUGUAUGAUGACACGAUCUGAAUGUUGUCAGUCACAGGAGUUUACCAAGUCUUAUUGUGGCCCCUACAUCAUAGAAAUAAAUAUUUACAGUGGUGUAAUAGCCUACAUGUACACUGGUAAUUAGAAAGGUGAUGCUGAUUAAUUGCAUGUACAUGAUGUAGUCCAUGAAAUGUGUGUCUGGACAAUGGGUGUAAGAUACAUUUUUAGGGGAACUAGCCAUAUACUUUCAUCACAACAUGUACUCCAAAUACAUUAAAUAACUGC